AUGAUUGCGUUACAAAACCAGGCUUUCUACCCUCCUGCCAAAGUGGAUAUCUCAUUGCUUCUGAAGCCGCAAGAUGAGGAAGAAGCCGCCUCGGUGACUACUACGUCCGCCUUCCCUUCGAGGACCCUCCCUCCAGCUUCCAUAGGCCCAGCAAUACCUGUCGCAGCCUCGACGCCUUUGUCAUCCGCGCCGCCUCUUACCGCAAAAGUCCCAGCAUCCGUCCCUGCCAAGCGUCUACAGCCAGCCCAUACAGCCGAGUCUCCGGCCAAGAAGCAAUCGAAGUGGUCCCCCGAGGAAGAUGCACUCAUCAUAGAGUUGCGGGGUAGCGGCAUGAAGUGGGAGGACAUCAGUAAACGGCUCCCGGGGCGAAGCGCUAUCAGCUGCCGUCUGCAUUAUCAGAAUUACUUGGAGCGCCGAAGCGAGUGGGACGAGGACAAGAAGAACAAACUUGCAAGAUUGUACGAGAGGUUCAAGGCAGAGAUGUGGUCGAAAGUAGCAGAAGAGAUGGCCAUCCCAUGGAGAGCCGCGGAGGCUAUGCAUUGGCAGCUAGGGGAGCAAGAAAUGGCACGCCGGGCUGGCGUAGUCCCAUUUUCGUUAUCGAGUUCAGCCAUAGAUCCGCCAGCGACCAGGGUUCGCAGGGCAAGUACAUCGUUAUCUCGCCCAAGAAAAGGAUCCGCAUCACGUACUAUUCCUCCGCCCCAACUUCCGUCAGUUGAAGAACUUACCGCCGGUGUUCCUGCGUAUGCGCCAGCCCCGCCGUUUCCCUUACCGCGAGACGCCUAUCAAUUUGGCCGUCCUCUGGACUUGAGCGGCAGCCAUAGUGGCCAUUUAGGACCUCCCUAUGGGUUGCCGCCUCGAACGCUGCCAUAG